AUGACUACACAGGAGCAGAAAUCUGACAUCUGGUCAGCCGAUGUUUACGGCAACAAAGUGGCUCCAUUCGUUGCUACCUUAACAGAGAAGAUUGUUUCUUGGCUCGAUCCGAAGUCUACUGAUGAAGUACUUGAUAUCGGCUGCGGGGAUGGCGUCCUAACUGCCAAACUAGCCCCUCAUGUUAAACGGAUCGUUGGAGUCGACGCCUCGCCGAACAUGUUAGAGCACUUCCAGAAAGCAUACCCCGAUAUUGAAUCCCGCGUUGUGGACUGCCGACACUUGGAUCAAGUGUCCGAUCUCACUGACGGGAAAUUUGACAAAGUCUUCUCGAACGCCGCCUUACAUUGGAUCUUACGCGACCCCGAAACCCGGUCGAACACGAUCAAGGGCUGCUUCAAUGCGCUCAAGCCAGGUGGGCUUUUUGUGAGUGAAUCGGGGGCGCUCGGUAACGUAGCCGAGGUGCAUGCAGCGAUCGUCAGUGCUCUGGUCAUUCAAGGGAUUCCUGUUGAAGAAGCUCGAGCAGCUUCGCCUUGGUGGUUCCCUUCCCAAGAAGCUAUGAAACAGCUUCUUGAAGGGGAAGGCUUUCAGUGGGUCAAGGGUGAGGCAGAACUCAGACAAACGAAACUGACAGAUCACAAAGAAGGCGGGAUUGAAGGAUGGAUCCGCCUUUUCUGUGAGCCCUUCCUUCAGGUCUUACCGACUCUGGAGGCACGCAAUGCAGCCGUCAAACAUGCUGUUGAUGUCCUCGAGGGUGUCGGAAGACAUCAACACGAUGGCUCCUUCACAGUCAAUUACAUUCGACUUCGGUUUGUAGCGCAGAAACCGUUUUAG